AAAUCGUAAGGAUACAAGCAACAAAGUUACAGUCACGCAGUCAUAAAUGGGAGGAGAUGGGUGAUAGAAAGAGCCAUAUUUAGAGCCAUAUUCCCCGCCGUUCAGCCCCAGCGAUGCACCCAUAAAAAACAGUUUCAUCCGCAGGGAUUCUCCGCCGAACGAACGAUUCGUGCAGCCUGCACCCCUCGUUUUCUCGGUAACGAUUUUGCUACCAACGCCCCCAAACCUUGCUACGUAUUUGCAAUCCGGGAAUCUUGAGAUAAUCCUCUUCCAAAUCUAAUUUGGAUGCACGCAGGCAGCCUUGCAAUGUGCAUCCAGCCUGAGAAGAGCGGAAAGUCACCCAACCCUUUCUUGACCUCCUCCCUAAAAAAAAUCAUUAACUGGAGCUCCGGGAACUGGACCACCUCCUCGUUUACACCCCCGUUUUUAAAGAGUGUGCAAGCCACACGCACACCCUUUCAACCAUAGAGCUCCUAGUUCCUCUCUGCUCCUAGCGAUCACCAGGAAAUACAACGGAGAGGAGGAGGAGGAGGAAUAGGGGGUUAAAUUAAUCGGGGAACCUUCCUGUUUCCAGCAGCCCCCAAGAGCCGAGAGUUGGGCUUUAGUGGAGUCGUUUGCGGUGGCUUGGAUUCUUCCCGCGGUGCUUAUGCGCCCCGGGGACGUGACUGGGGUUCCUUCCUCCCGGGCAAAAAUACAUUCUGACUUGAAAAUCCUCAUUUUGAGAUGGCACAUGAAGAUCCUGGCAGUGCAGAGAUCCAUGGCUCAGAUAACGGUGGGACCAUAAGGAGAGUCUACAUAGCUGACAGAGGCAUGGUGCGCAAGAGUGAAGAUGACUUGAAGCAUGAGGCCAUCCAGUCCACAAUACAGAACAGACCACCCACCUGGAGGAUAAGUUCACAACAGGAAGCCUCUCCUUUAGAACGGCAGGGGAAUCUGUUAGUCUCCGGCAACUACGGUGAGGGCGAUAUGGCUGUAGCAACCAGUGUGGUCUCCCGAUCCAGCAAGCAGCGCCCCUUUAUUUGCAACGAGUGUGGCAAGAGUUUCAGCCAUUGGUCAAAACUGCUACGGCAUCAGCGCACACACACUGGUGAGCGUCCCAGCACUUGCACUGACUGCGGGAAGAGCUUCUCGCAGAACUCGCACCUUGUGCAGCACCGGCGCACCCACACUGGCGAGAAGCCUUACGUCUGCCGUGACUGUGGCAAGAGCUUCAGCUGGAGUUCCAACCUGAUCCAGCACCAGCGUAUCCACACGGGAGAGCGGCCUUACACCUGUGCGGACUGUGGUCGCAGUUUCACGCAAAGCAAGAACCUGGCCAAGCACCGCCGAACACAUACGGGGGCCCGACCGUUCCGUUGCCCCGAAUGUGGCCGAGGCUUUGCACACAGUGCUGGCCUGAUAAAGCACCAGCGUUUGCGCCAUGACACUGACUCCCCCAUUGGCCACCCAUGUCCAGAAUGUGGACAACGCUUCCGGGCUCCUUCAGAAGUGGAACGCCAUCGCGUUGCCCAUCACGGGGCCACCCCGUCAGAGCCCUUCAUCUGUGUGGAAUGUGGGGAAUGUUUCACCAAGAGCACUACCCUUAUCCGCCACAAGCGAGUGCACAAACCAAUAUUUGUGCGUUGAGGGUUUCUCCCUCUGGUGGGAUGUGAAUUCUGAGUGAUGUUCAGGUUAGUAGCCUGGAGACUGAGGAUAAUUUGGAGUCCAGUGUUACUCCGCAUCCUGGAUCUCGCUUGCCUAGAUCAAAGGCCCCAUGUGAGCCAGUGUAUCCAACAAGGGAGUAGCAAGAAGGGGAGGAGGCAGGAAAUUCAUCUUGGAGCUCAGGACUCUGGUCAUUUGUUGGAAGAAAAAUUGUGUCCAGAUCUUAAUCUGCCUUCUGAGGCAAGAUGAAAAAAUAGUUCUCACAUCUGAGAACUAGUAGGCUGUUACUGUAAAUAAAGUUUUUAGUUAGAAGCCAUAAGAAUUUUUGAGAAGGCGGGAGAAGAAACCUGAUUUUCAUUCAAUCUAAGAUUUAUUGAGACUUCAAAGAGUAAAAAUGAACAAGGAAGUACCUUUGAGUUAUUUUUGUUUGGAAAGAUAUGUGAAGGGGGGGGGAUGAGGGCACUGAAGAGUGGAGGAAUCAGAGGAUUGAAACCCAUUUUGUGCAAUAAAGUGUUUUCUCAGUUGCUUUCACUCUUAGUUUCCUUAUGAUGAUCUUUUCAGUAGAUCUUGUCAGUAAUGGAAGAUGGACCAAACAUUGAAUAGACAAUAGAUCUACAUUGCUGAAAAGGUGGAGGCACACAGCAGAAGAAUACCUAAAUUAUGAUUGUGGGGACUACUGUAUUAAGUAGAAAUAUCAAACAGAUAUGCACUACAAAAUAUUUGGGCUUUUUAAAAGAACUUUUCUUGAGAGCAGGAAUGGUUCCUAAUACUUUCCAAGUUUCAAGUGACUUAAACCAACCUAAAGCUUAAUAUGUCUUUGUCUUUUUGUUUCUCUCAGGAGAUCAUGUCUCCAGAGCUUGGCAGUUCGAUAUUGAGCAAAAGAUCCAGUCUAACUAUCAAAAAUUAGUGAGAGGAAACUAUAACGAGAUAAAUUGCUGACAAUUUCAAAAGUAUUGACUUGCAAUACUAGAAUAUAUAUUUAAGCUUUGAUGGAAAUUGUCAGUAUUAAGAUAUUAAAUAAAAGGUUCUUACCUGUAGCUCUGAGUUUAUAAAGUUAAAAGAGCGGUAGUGUGAAUUUAUAAAGUUAAGAGAAAGCCGUGGUUGCGCAGUAGUCAGAAUGCAAUAUUGCAGCCUAAUUCUGCUGACUGCCAAUUGCCAACAAUUCAGCAGUUUGACUCUUACUGGUUCAAGAUUCACUCAGCAUUCCACCCUUCUGAGGUGGGUAAAAAUGAGGACCCAGAUUGUCAGGGGCAAUAUGUUGACUCUGUAAACCACUUAGAGAAGGCUGUAAAGCACUGUGAAGCGGGAUAUAAGUCUUAAGUGCUAUCGCUAUUUUUAGAAUGAGUGUUCUAAGAAAACAGCAACCAUUUUCCCUGCUUAUCACCCUUGAACAUUUUUUUUUGCAGACUUAAGAACCUGUAUUGCUCAAAUUCAGAGGAAAAUUGCAAAACAGAGCUAUGAUUUCCCUUUUGAAAU